CCAACAGGCACCAUUCUCCCUUCACUUCCGUUCGAGUUCUCCUCCGAACAAUGGCGUUCGGAAGCUUCCUUCUUACAGUCUUCUUGUUGAUACUAUCUGCAGCUACAAUCACCUUCGCGGAUUCGAUCCAAGGUUGUGGCGGUUUUGUAGAGGCCGGUACAGCUUUGAUUAAGUCAAGGAAGUCAUCUGAUGCUAAAUUGGAUUAUUCACAUAUCACGGUUGAGCUUAGGACACUGGAUGGGUUUGUGAAGGACAGUACACAAUGUGCUCCCAAUGGUUAUUAUUUCAUGCCAGUUUAUGACAAGGGUUCCUUUGUCAUAAAAGUCAAUGGCCCACAAGGCUGGUCAUGGGAUCCCGAACAAGUUCCUGUUGUUGUUGAUCAUGCUGGCUGCAACGGCAAUGAGGAUAUUAAUUUCCGCUUCACUGGCUUCACCCUAUCUGGAAGAGUAGUGGGAGCUGUUGGUGGAGAGAGCUGUUCAAAACAAAAUGGUGGCCCUUCUGGUGUAAAUGUUAAGCUUUUAUCUUCCACAGGGGAUCAUGUUUCAACUGCUUUAACAUCAUCCAGUGGAAGUUACCUGUUUACAAACAUCAUCCCAGGAAAAUACCAGUUACAUGCUUCACACAAGGAUUUCAAUGUUCAAGUUCAAGGUUCUACAGAGGUAGAAUUAGGGUUUGGAAAUGGUUUGGUUGAUGACAUUUUCUUUGUCCCUGGAUACGAACUUCGUGGUUCUGUAGUGGCACAGGGUAAUCCUAUUCUGGGAGUUCAUAUUUAUUUGUUCUCAAAUGAUGUAUUGGAGUUGGAUUGCCCUGAAGGCUCUGGUAAUGCCCCCGGGAAGAGGAAAGCUCUCUGUCAUGCUGUGUCAGAUGCUGAAGGAACCUUUUCAUUUAAAUCCAUACCUUGUGGGGCUUAUGAGCUUGUACCAUACUACAAGGGUGAAAACACAGUUUUUGAUGUUUCACCUCCUUCCAUACCGGUGUCUGUGGAUCAUGGUCAUGCAACGAUUUCCCAAAAGUUCCAGGUUACUGGAUUUUCUAUUGGGGGUCGUGUAGUUGAUGGAAACGGCAUCGGAGUCUAUGGUGUUAAAAUUAUUGUUGAUGGUCAAGAAAGGUCAACUACAGACAAAGAAGGAUAUUACAAACUUGACCAGGUUACAUCCAGUCGCUACACAAUAGAAGCAAAGAAAGAGCAUUACAAGUUCAAAAGAUUGGACAACAUACUGGUUUUGCCGAAUAUGGCAUCGAUUGCUGAUAUUCAGGCUGUUUCUUAUGAUGUGUGCGGUGUAGUUCAGAUGGAUAAUGGUUUCCAAGCAAAGGUAGCUCUGACUCAUGGACCAGAGAAUGUCAAACCUCAAGUUAAGCAGACGGAUGAGAGUGGUAAUUUCUGCUUUGAGGUCCCAGCGGGUGAAUAUCGGUUGUCUGCUUUGGCAGCCAAAUCUGAGAAUUCUCCUGGACUUGUAUUUUUACCACCAUAUGUUGAUGCUGUAGUCAACAGUCCAGUACUGAAUGUUCAAUUCUAUCAGGCACAAGUAAAUGUUAUUGGAGAAGUAGUUUGCAAGGGAAAGUGUGAUUCGUCGGUUUCUAUUUCGCUUGCAAGGCUUGAUGGAAAGAAGAAGGAAAGAAAAACUGUUUACUUGACUGAUGAUAGCAGUCAUUUCUCAUUUCUGAACAUUUUCCCUGGGAACUACAGGCUAGAGGUGAAGCACAGUUCCGCUGAAGAUACAUCAGUAGAUGAUAACUGGUGCUGGGACAAGAAAUUUAUUGAUGUCACUGUUGGGACUGAAGAUGUAAAAGGCAUCUCCUUCUUGCAGAAAGGUUAUUGGGUUAAUGUAAUUUCUACUCAUGAAGUUGAUGCCUACAUGAAUCAACCUGAUGGCUCACGUGUGGAUCUGAAAAUUAAGAAAGGUUUUCAGCGCCUUUGCGUGGAAUCUCCCGGAGUGCAUGAGAUUCAGUUUGUUGAAUCGUGCAUUUUCUUUGGAAGUGCUUCGUCGAAAAUUGAUACAUCAAAUCAAUCUCCUGUCUAUCUAAGGGGAGAGAAGUACCUUGUAAAAGGAAAAAUCCAUAUCGAGUCAAGUUCGCUAGACUCCGAGUUACCUGAAAAUAUACGGGUAACAAUGCUAAACCAUGAGGGUGUUCCUCUGGAUGGUACAACUGCCAGACUUGUACAUCAAGGAGAGGACCAGUCUACUAUUUAUGAAUACUCGGUUUGGGCUAUUCCUGGGGAAAAAAUCACUUUUUCUCCCCAAGAUUAUAGGAAAGAGGGUGAAAGACAAUUAUUGUUUUAUCCUAGGCAGCAUCAUGUUUCAGUCACACAUGAUGGUUGCCAAGCUGCCGUACCUACAUUCUCUGCUCGACUUGGAUUGUAUAUUGAAGGAUCUGUCAUCCCCCCUCUUUCGGGUGUUCAAAUCAAAAUCUUUGCCACUGAGGAUAGCAAUAAUGGCCUGCUUAAAAAGGGCGAUUUAGCUCUUGUAACUAUUACAGGUUCAGAUGGUCUAUUUGUUGGGGGGCCUCUAUACGAUGAUAUCGCAUACAGAACUGAAGCCUCAAAGCCUGGCUAUCACGUGAAACAAGUUGGACCUCAUUCCUUUUCUUGUCAGAAGCUGGGUCAAAUCUCGGUGCAUAUCACCUCUAAACAAGAUGCUACAGAACUUUUUCCUCCAGUAUUGCUGUCAUUGAGUGGUGAAGAUGGUUACAGGAACAACUCGAUUUCUGGUGCUGGUGGAGAAUUCCUGUUUGAUAACUUAUUUCCAGGAAGUUUUUACCUCCGCCCUCUGCUUAAGGAGUAUGCUUUCUCACCAUCUGCACAGGCAAUUGACAUUGGCUCUGGGGAGGCUAGGGAAGUCAUCUUUGAGGCUACACGAGUUGCUUACAGUGCUAUAGGCACAGUUAGCCUUUUGUCUGGCCAACCAUUGGAUGGUGUAGCAGUUGAAGCGAGAUCCGAAUCCAAAGGCUAUUACGAAGAGACAACAACCGAUUCAUCAGGAACUUACCGUUUGAGAGGCCUUCACCCAGACACAACCUACGCAAUUAAAGUUAUACACAGAGGUGACCUUGAAACCUCUAGAAUCGAAAGAGCCUCUCCAGAAUCUGUCACUGUGAAGGUCGGUUCAGAGGAUAUAAAGGGUCUAGACUUUCUGGUGUUUGAACAGCCAGAAAUAACCAUUUUAAGCGGCUUUGUUGAGGGAAAGAGAAUCAAAGAGCUAAAUUCACAACUAAGAAUUGAAAUCAAAUCUGCUGCUGACCCGUCUAGGAUCGAGUCCACUUUUCCCUUGCCAAUUUCAAACUUCUUUCAGGUAAAGGACUUGCCUAGGGGGAAACACCUUGUUCAGAUUCGUUCUUCUUUACCAUCAACCACACAUAAAUUUGAAUCCGAAGUUAUCGAGGUUGAUUUGGAUAGACAAACUCAAAUUCACCUCGGUUCAAUCCAAUACAGCUAUGAAGACAAUUAUCAGAGACAGGAAUUGACUACUGCCCCAGUAUAUCCUCUAAUAGUUGGAAUUUCAGUUAUUACUCUUUUCAUUAGUAUGCCAAGGUUGAAGGAUUUGUACCAAGCAACAUUGGGCAGUUAUGGUUCAAGCUCAGUUAGCAAUGUGAAGAAAGAGGUGAGGAAGCCGGUUUUGAGAAAGAAGACUUACUAAGGGAUAUAUUAUUUAGGGUUGGCCAUCUUCCAAGUAAAAUAGAGAUCUAAUUCGACUUUUUUCUAUUUACUCGGAUUUAUUAUUUUUAGGAACAGUUAUUUGUAGUAUUUAUUCUCCCGAACAAUUUUGAAGCCACCAUGGGAUGUAUUAUUAAUUGUUGUUUCAGAAAUUCAAACCCCCGUUAGGGUAGCUCAAAUUGAAAUAGUUUUGUUUAAA